GGGUUUUUAACUGGCACAGCGGUGCCCGGGUGACUACUCAACGAUCUCUCGUCUGAACAGGAGGAUCAGAGGAACCAUCAUGGCUGGCAUUUACGGAGACAUCACCAAGGUCAUGACCACCGGAGCGUCCGAGAAAACGUCCAAAGGCCUCGGCGUGAAAGGUGUGGAAGCUUCGCACAAACUGGCCGAGAGCGACCUGAAGAGGGUGGACCAGUACAAGUCCAUGAUCACCAAAGUCGCCAAAGAGAAGCAGAUCGAUCCGGCUAUAGUCGCCGGCAUCAUAUCCAGAGAGUCCAGGGCUGGGCUGCUCCUGAAGGACGGCUGGGGAGAUAAUCACAAUGGUUUCGGACUCAUGCAGGUGGACAAAAAUGCCCACCCUGAUUAUAAGAAACCCUGGAACGGUGAGGAACACAUCAGACAGGGGGUUGACAUCCUGAUCUCCUUCAUUAAGCAAAUUCAAGACAAGUUUCCCAGCUGGUCCAAGGAGAACCAAUUAAAAGGGGGAAUAGCAGCCUACAACCUCGGGGUCAAAAAUAUCAAAACCCUGGAGGGGAUGGACGUCAAGAGUUCCGGAGAUGAUUACUCCAGUGACGUGGUGGCCCGGGCGCAGUGGUUCAAUUCCCACGGCUACUGAGCGGACGCAGCUCUGCUUAAAUAAAUCCUGAUACUGCAGAGGUUUUGGGGUGAUUUUGAAAUUGGAAUAAAUAAUAUUACUACAGCAAUAAUAUA